AGAGAGAGAGAGAGAGAGAGAGAGAGAGAGAGAGAGAGAGCCGCAAACCAAGAACAGGACCAAGACAGAAUGUAAACACCGGCCAGGUCCAGGACCAAGACUUUGAUAGCAAACCAACGGGGCCCUGCACACCUUCCCGCUGCUCCACACACUGACCUCGAGUGUCUUGCCAUGGCCUCCGCCUGCAGACACGUGGCAGUGACUGGGCCGCCAGGCGUGGGCAAGACAACGCUGGUCCAGAAGGUCGUGGGUCAACUGCAGGAGGCUGAGGUGGCGUGUAGCGGGUUCUAUACCAAGGAGGUGCGGCAGGGGGGCAAGAGGGUUGGCUUUGAUGUGGUCACCUUGAGUGGCCGCACCGGUGUUCUCUCCAGGCAGAGGGCUGAGGGCAGUGGAGGGCGAGAGCCUCGGGUUGGUAACUAUGCUGUUGAUGUGGCGUCCUUCGAGUCCCUGGCCCUGCCUCUCCUGCAGACUCAGGUACGCUCCCUUCAACAGCACCGUGCUCCACCUCAACAUAGCAUAACCCGUCCGCUGCGAUUGGCACGGAUUUGGCUUUCACUGGUAGCCUGGUAACAUAGUAUAGGCCCAGGUCUUUCUCUGCCUCUGUGGUGGAUAGUGGAGUGUUUCCCAUGUGUUAUUGGUAUGCUGGAUAUCCCUUCCUUUCCCUUCCUUUUCCAUCCCUUCCCUUCCUUUUUCAUCCCUUCCGUUCCCUUCCCUUUUGAUCCCUUAUCU